AGAAUGCAGAUAAUAAUGUGAGUGACUUGGUUUUUUCAACUGUUCAGAAAGACACAAAAACAGUGAAAAUGAUGUAUCAGAAGAGCACAUUUCCAUUUGGCUACAUCGAGGACCUUAAGUGCCGGGUGCUGGAGCUGCCUUACCAAGGCUGGGACCUCAGCAUGAUCAUCCUGCUGCCAGAUGACAUCGAGGACGAGGCCACAGGUCUGAGGAAGAUAGAAGAACAAUUGACCCUGGAAAAACUGCAUGAGUGGACCAAACCUGAGAAUCUGCGUUCCAUUAAAGUCAACGUGUACCUGCCCAGGUUCAAGCUGGAAGAGAGCUACAACCUCAACUCUCACCUGGUCAGCCUGGGUAUAGAGGAUCUCUUUAAUAGCAAGGCUGAUCUGUCUGGCAUGUCAAGAGCCAGAGAUCUUUUUAUAUCAAAAAUUAUCCACAAGUGUUUUGUGGAAGUUAAUGAGGAGGGCACAGAGGCAGCAGCUGCCACAGCCGGAAUUGCCAGCUCGCUUAUGCCAGAAACUGUUGAAAAUUUUGUGGCCGACCAUCCAUUCAUUUUUUUCAUUCGACACAAUCCCUCAACUAACAUCCUGUUCUUAGGAAGACUUUCUUCCCCUUAGAGAAUGUGGAAACCCAAGGUCAAGCUCAGAGCUGUACCACUGGCCCUUUCAAAGAUACAUGAAAAUUAUAUAUCUUCUACAAUAUAUCUACCACCCCCCCAGAAAUCUGUAACUUCCUUUGUAAUGUCAGCUCUGUUGGCUGUUUACACCCAUUAACUUUGGCAGAGCUAUCUAUUUUCCUUUCUUUAUAUUGAACAAUUUAGUGAUUGCUUAUGAAUGCACCAAGUAUAUAUGUAGACUCUUGACAGUGUAGUAAACUAAGAAACUCCUGGACUUUCUUGAAAGCCAUGAGAAAAAUUACAGUACUGUAAUUUAUUUCACAGAUAGACUUCUGGAAGCUAUGAUAGAGAGACAGUCAUGGUUGAAGGGAGGCUUAAAAACAGACAUUCAAUUGAAAUAUAGGAGAGCAGCCCAGUUAAGGGUUGGAUUAUGAAGAUAAAUUUGCCUUGGCCAGUGUUUCUGACCCUUUGUUCAACAGGAUGAGUAUUCUAUUAUAGUCCCUCUGACUUCAAACAAUUAAAGAGCUUAUUAUCCUUUA